UGCACCCAUUCAUAAGGAGAGGAGGACAGCCUGGUAGGCCACUGCACAGUCUGCGCUGCACACACCCAUUCUGUAGGCUACUACUGUAAGUACAGCAGAAACAUGGCUGUGCUCGGGAGUUACUCGGCACCUUUGCUUGGAAUCAGCAUCUUCAUCGCUGCUCUGACCUACAUCACCUACAAGCUGCUCAGCGGUUACCUGGACAAAUGGUUCACCAUGAAGCCUAUUCCUCAGGCCGACGGAACGUAUAUCUUUAUUGGAAAUGCAUUCCAGUUCAAAUACAAUGCAGGAGAUUUCUUUCAGCAAAUUAUGGACUUCACCCGUGACUUCGCGAGUGCUCCUCUAUUUAAACUCUGGAUAGGACCAAUCCCAUUUGUGAUCCUGUUUCAUCCUGAAACGGUUGAGACGGUUCUGACCAACGCUGUUCACAUGGAGAAAUCCUAUGCGUACAAAUUCCUCCACCCUUGGCUCGGAACUGGCCUUCUUACUAGCACUGGCCUUAAGUGGCGUCAGCGGCGGAAGAUGUUAACGCCCACCUUCCACUUCUCCAUCCUGACGGACUUCCUGGAAGUUAUGAACGAGCAGGCCGAGAUCCUGGUGGAGAAGCUGGAGAAGCAGGUGGGGAAGGGUCCAUUUGACUGUUUCAGCCACAUAACCUUGUGUGCCCUGGACAUCAUCUGUGAAACUGCAAUGGGGAAAAAAAUCUAUGCCCAGAGUAAUUCUGACUCAGAGUAUGUUAAGUGCGUGUACAAAAUGAGUGACAUUGUCAGCCGCAGACAGAGGAGUCCUUGGUUAUGGCCUGACUUUGUGUACAACUACUUUGGUGAGGGUCGGAAGCAUGACAAGACCCUCAAGAUCCUGCACUCCUUCACAUACAAAGUGAUACACGAAAGAAUGGAGAAUAUUUCCUUAGAUGAAUCAGACAGCGACUCGGACAAGGGCACGAAGAAAAGACGAGUAUUUCUGGACAUGCUCUUGAAGACCAAAUACGAGGAUGGCAGCAAAAUGAGCCAUCAGGAUAUUCAGGAAGAAGUGGACACCUUUAUGUUUGAGGGACAUGAUACUACAGCAGCCUCGAUGAACUGGAUCAUACAUCUGCUGGGCUCCCACCCAGAGGCGCACAGGAAAGUUCAACAAGAGCUUCAGGAGAUCUUUGGUACAUCUGACCGGCCCGUAAACAUGGAGGACCUGAAGAAGCUCAAAUACCUGGAGUGUGUAAUCAAGGAGGCGCUGCGACUGUUUCCCUCUGUGCCUUUUUUUGCCCGCAGCAUUGGUGAAGACUGCCACAUCAAUGGUUUCAAGGUGCCCAAAGGUGCCAAUGCCAUCAUCAUUACCUACUCUCUCCACCGUGACCAGCGGUACUUCCCUGACCCUGAGGAGUUCAGGCCUGAGCGCUUCCUGCCUGAGAAUUCAGUGGGAAGGCCUCCGUAUGCGUACAUCCCCUUCUCCGCUGGACUCCGCAACUGUAUCGGUCAACGUUUUGCACUUAUGGAAGAAAAGGUGAUCUUGGCGUACAUUCUGCGUAACUUUAGCGUUGAAGCGUGUCAGACUCGUGAAGAGCUGCGGCCGUUAGGAGAACUCAUCCUGCGACCAGAGAAGGGCAUCGUGAUCAAACUGGAAAAGAGGAAACCCCCAACCUCAUCAAACUAGCAGCUGCUCCGGUUCAUAGAAGCUAUUUUCUAAAUUCCCGUUCCUUUGUGGCCUUCAUUUACAGAACAUCCUGCCCAAUUCUAAUAGUGGUGGAUACUGUGAUUGUUUCUAAAUACCCUUAGGGAGAGUAAAGACGAUGGUUGAAAAUGAACUUUUUCGUCCACCAGCCUAAUGGCUAGUGAAUGUUUAAAUUUUACCAGCCAAUCAAUAGAUGAGCAUUGAUUUUUUUUGGUCUACCAGCCACUGAUAUUUUACCAGCAUUUGGCAAGUAGAUGGUGCUAGUUUUGAACCCUGGUAGUGACCAUGGUGUUUAAACUUAAAGUUUAGAAUCUACUCAUCAUUAUGUUCAUAAUUACCAAAUAAUAACAUAAAAAUAGAACCACAUGAAAAUAUAUUGAGAUGUAUUUUCAACAUUGUUAGUUUUAGAGAAAUAACUACUGUAGAUGAUGCACUAUUCUGGGUCCGAUUAGCAACAACUCUGCACUAUUGUUGUAUCACAAGAAUUAAAAAAAAGAAAAAUGCAAAUAUGUUAUUUUGGUAAUGAAAUGCUGUAAACAGCUUUCAGAGUAAGUGCGUUAAGUAAGUAAGUUAGCUUAAGAAAAGGAUCUCGUCAUUAACUCAGUGACAUGAAUGAUGUUACUUUCAUUCUUUGCAAUACCUUACAAUGUUUUAUUUUUUUAAUUUUGAAGAAAAAGUGUGUGUUAUAUAGAUGAAUAUGAGACAUUUUGUGCAGAGCAGGGCUUAAUAACAAACAAUUUUACAUACAGUAUUCAUUACAUUUACAAGAAAGACACGCCUUUCAUUUGUGCAGCAUUUCCUCUGACUGUUCAUUUUCAAACAUCUAGCUGCAGUUUUUGCUUGAAUGACCUUAUACUCAGCUACUACAGUUUGUUUAUUAAUGUAUGUUUGAUAGAUCAUUUACGUACAGUACUGUGUAUCUUUCUGAAUUUUUUCUUGUGUAAGUCCAACUGGGAAGGGCAGUUUAUGUAACUGAAGGAGUGUGAUGUU